AUGCCCCUUCCUGUCGUGGACCUCGACAUCUUCCUCCAGUCUCCAGACUCUGUGACAGCCCAAGCGGAAUGCAAGAAAGCAGCCGACGCGCUGGUCGAGUACGGUGCACUCGUUGUCAAAGACUCCCGCGUCUCCGAAGCAGAUAACAGCGCUUUUCUCGACCUCCUUGAAGACUACUUCGCUCAACCCAUCGACCUCCUGCGUGCCGAUGAACGUCCCGAAGUGGGAUACCAAGUCGGGGUGACACUCGCCAACACCGAGCGGCCCAAAUGUGCCUCUUCAGCGCCCUGCCUCUCCGUUAUCCAGCGGCUUGAGCCCUCCGAGCGUCCUCUGGAUAUCUCAGGCCAUCAGGCAGACCCCAAGUGCCGGUUCUUCUGGAAGAUGCAGACUCCCCCGCCGUAUCCGACAGCUUACCCAAGCUUGAACAUGCAGAAUGUCGUACCGAAAGCUUUUGAGCACCAAUGGCCGGGGAUCAUGAAUAAGUGGGGAGGUAGGAUGAGAGAGGCCGUAGAGGGUGUUGCGGAGAUGGCAGCUGUGGGGUUCGGACUGGAACGAGGAGCGUUCAAGGAUGCGGGCGCGUAUGGGCCGCAUCUUCUUGCACCCACUGCUAGCGAUCUGAACGAGUACGGGAAGAAGGACACGAUCCUUGCUGGAUUUCAUACAGACCUCAACUUCCUAACCAUUCAUGGGAGGUCCCGCUAUCCUGGUCUUCAUAUCUGGGCACGCAACACUGGCAAGCGAAUCGCAGUUUCCAUUCCCUCAGGAUGCCUGCUUGUCCAGGCUGGCCGGCAGCUGGAGCACCUUACCGGGGGUUUGGUCAAGGCGGGGUAUCAUGAGGUCGUAGUGAACGAAGCUACUCUGCAGGCGGUUGAACGUAUCCGCUCCACCGGCCGCCCCCUCAUCCGCAUCUCCAGCACGUUCUUCUACCACCUCUUAUCUGACUACACGCUCGCUCCUAUCCCACAGCUACAACAUGAAUCUCAGACGCGGUACGUACAAGACGGCGAGGAGAAAGAGACAUACGAGAGCAUGAAAGUUGGACAGCAGGUAGAGAACGAACUGAGGCAGAUCGCAUUGAUGGCAUGA